AUGGACUGCUUAAAGAGCUGGCCAGAACCAAUUGUCCGAGUGCAAUCUUUAUCAGACAGUGGAAUACAAGUUCUCCCCGAACGCUACGUUAAACGGCCCGCCGAUAGACCAUCUUCAUUGGACUUACCCACUGGCGAGAUCAAUAUCCCCGUCAUUGACCUCCAAAAGCUCUACUCCGACGACAAUUCUAUAGGUGAGACCACUCUCAAUCUCAUCUCCGACGCGUGCCGCCACUGGGGAUUCUUCCAAGUGGUCAACCAUGGCGUGAGCCAUGAACUUAUGACGCGCACACGCGAGGUGUGGCGCGCGUUCUUUCACUUGCCCAUAGAAGACAAGCAAGUGUACGCCAACACGCCGGCGACAUACGAGGGUUACGGUAGCCGGCUCGGAGUCCAAAAGGGUGCCACGUUGGAUUGGAGUGACUAUUUUUUUCUCAAUUACCUUCCUCAGUCGAUGAGGGAUCAGAAUAAGUGGCCUAGUCUUCCACCGUCGUGCAGGAAAUUGGUGGCAGAGUACAACGAAGAACUGGUUAAACUUUGUGGGAGAUUGAUGAAGGUAUUUUCAAUAAACCUGGGAUUAGGAGAGGACAAUCUUCAGCAAGCUUUAGGAGGAGAGGAGAUGGGUGCAACUUUAAGGGCAAACUUUUAUCCAAAAUGUCCACAACCAGACCUUACACUUGGUCUCUCUUCGCACUCGGACCCUGGUGCCGUGACCCUUCUCCUUCCUGAUGAGAACGUGUCUGGUCUUCAAGUCCGUAGAGGCCAUGAUUGGAUCACCGUUAAGCCAGUCCCUAAUGCUNGGUGCCGUGACCCUUCUCCUUCCUGA